AUGGAUAUCUCCAAGGAAUUCAGUCAGCAGUCACUUCUUUCUGCUCUUCAUCAAUUUGUAGAUGCUGUUGACUACAUGGAUGAGACUGUUAUGAUUCCCAGCCGCCUGAGAGACAUGGACAUUUCCUCGGAUGAGUGGAUUACCAACGUAAGCGGCAAAAACGGUCACAUCCACAGUGCCCCGCCGUCUCCGACUUUUUUAAAUGUCGGUAGCAGUAAACGUCGUAAUUCGACAGAGCAGCAACAAGCCGUCAUGUCCGGCAAUAGCACGGACGAACAAAAUCUCUAUAAUUUCUAUAAUUUAUUGAAAGCUAUAAAGCAUGAGGUUGUGUCUGGAACCCCUGCUCUCCAUGAAGCAGGUGUGGGCCAUGGAAUCUGUGGUGGUCAGUUACCUUAUGAAAUGGAACCAAGUGAGGAUUAUAGCAUAAUGCCGGCCAUGUGUUCUCCGUCUCUUGCUGAUGAGGAAGAUGAAGUUAGUGCUGUUGAUACGGAGGAAGACACGGAUUCUGUCAUUUCUGACACUAGCAGUGGCGCCGAGGACUCUUCAAGAAAAGUGGCAACUUCCUUCAGACAUCAUCUUCGUUCUCUUUUUGGUCUGCUGCAUCAAUUCACACAAACUGCCAAAUAUCUUUCUCAUCGGUAUGAGAGUGAAGUUGGACAAAGUUCAGCAAGUCAGGUGUCGUCAUUUGCAUUUUAG